AUGGGGGGAACUGAGCUGCACCCCUUUGAUCCGCUCACAGUGAGCGAGAUCGAGGCGACUAUCAACAUCGUGAAGAAGGCGCACGGAGAGUUAUUCUACAAUGUGGUCUCACUUCACGAGCCGCGGAAGGCGGAAAUGACGAAAUGGCUUGAAGACCCUGUCAAUGUACCAAAGCCGGCACGAAUCGCAGAUGUGGUCGUCAUUGCACCUGGUGGCAAGGUGUAUGACGGGCUGGUUGAUCUCCAACAUGGAAAGAUCACCAAGUGGGAGCUGUUGAAGGGUCUCCAGCCGAUUAUCACCAUGGAGGAGCUCAUCGCGGUUGAACACAUUUGCCGAAAAGACCCAAAGGUGAUAGAGCAAUGCGAAAUCAGCGGUGUCCCCAAGGAUGAGAUGCAUAAAGUUUACUGCGACCCCUGGACCAUUGGCUAUGAUGAGCGUCACGGCAACGAGGUGCGAUUGCAGCAAGCACUCAUGUACUACCGGCCGAACCCGGAUGACUGCCAAUACGCCUUCCCCUUGGACUUCUGUCCAAUCUACGAUGCGGACAAGCAGGCCAUCAUCGACAUCGACAUUCCAAAAGUACGACGGCCGUUGCGCAAGGUCGACCCCAUCAACUACCAUCCUGCUGCCAUUGAGAAAGCCGGGGGAUACCGGACAGAUAUCAAGCCAAUCAACAUCACACAACCUGAAGGUGUAUCGUUCAAGAUGAGUGGAAGACAGAUCGAAUGGCAAAACUGGAAGUUUCACAUUGGGUUUAACUACCGUGAGGGUAUUGUGCUCAACGACAUCUCGUACAAUGACAAGGGGACCGCGAGGCCAGUCUUCUACCGACUUUCACUGGCGGAAAUGGUUGUCCCCUACGGUAACCCCGAACACCCGCAUCAGCGCAAGCACGCAUUUGAUCUUGGAGAGUAUGGAGCGGGUUACAUGACCAACAGUUUGUCUUUAGGGUGUGAUUGCAAGGGCUCGAUCCACUAUCUUGAUGCGGACUUCCCGGCCAGAGAUGGAAGUAUCCGGACCAUCAAGAACGCAGUCUGCAUCCACGAAGAAGAUGCCGGUAUCCUCUUCAAGCACACUGACUUCAGAGACGAGUCGAGCAUUGUCACUCGUGCGAGAAAACUGGUGAUUCAGCAAGUCUUUACUGCUGCAAACUACGAAUAUGCCAUCCAAUGGAUCUUCCACCAAGAUGGAACGAUCCAGCCAGAGAUCAAGCUGACCGGUAUUCUUAACACGUAUGUGAUGAACGAAGGCGAAGAUACAAACGGCUGGGGAACACAAGUAUAUCCCGGGGUCAAUGCACACAACCACCAACACCUGUUCUGUCUCCGCGUCGAUCCCAACAUCGACGGUCCCAACAACACAGUCUUCAUGGCCGAUGCAUUGCCAUCAGACGCCGCCGUCGGUAGCCCAGAAAAUCCAUACGGCAACGCCUUUUACGCCAAGCGCACCAAGUUCAGCAAAACAGGAGAGUCCGCUACAGACUACAACGCCGACACCAGCCGCACCUGGGAAAUGUGCAACACCAACAAGCUGCACCCUUACAGUGGCAAGGCGGCAUCAUAUAAGCUCAUCAGUCGCGAGGUUGCGCGAUUACUACCCAAGGAAGGUUCUCUGGUAUGGAAGCGUGCCGGCUUCGCUCGUCACGCCGUGCAUGUGACUAAGUACAGCGACGACCAACUCUGGCCAGCGGGGCGUCACGUCCCCCAAACUUCGGGCGAGCCCUCAGCCGGUCUACCGGAAUGGAUGGGUGACGGUUCCGAAUCCAUCGACAACACCGACGUGGUGCUGUGGCACACCUUCGGCGUCACGCAUAUUCCCGCUCCCGAGGACUUUCCUGUCAUGCCUGUUGAGCCCAUUACGUUGCUGCUCAAGCCGCGCAAUUUCUUCACUAACAACCCUGUUAUGGAUGUGCCGCCUAGCUUUGCGAGUACGCCGAGUCAGGUGGCAGCGAACAACAACGGGGUUUUGGAUGCGGCGGAUAAGGUUAGUAAGUUGGCGUUUAGAAAUGGAGAAAGUUGUUGUGCGGUGAAUGGAACAAAUGGGGUGAAUGGGCAUUAA